AUGCCUUCCGGCGAUAGCUUCUCGGCCGACUGGAUGGCCAUGCUGCUUGGCCCUUCGCAGUCAGGCGAUGCCUCCCCCCCAUCCGGGCGUGACCCGACCCCGGCGAGCGUCACCAGGUCGAUUCUGGACCUGCUGCCGGUGAGCCUGGUGGUGAAAGACGCCGCGGGCCGGCGGGUCUUCUUCAACCAGCACUACGCCGAUCUGCACAAGUCCAGCGUUGGAGAACUGCUGGGCAAGACCGACAGCGACCUGUUCCCACCAUCCGCCGCGCAGAAGUACCACGACGACGACCAACGCGUUCAGCAAACCGGUGAGGUGCUCCGCGGCGUCGAAGAGCGUCGCGCGCCCGACGGGACGGCCAGCAAGAUCGAGCGCAUCAAGGGCCCAGUUCGCGACGCUAACGGCGAUGUCGUCGGUGUGGCGGUGCUGUUCUGGGACAUCUCCGAUCAGGCGAGGAUUGAAGAAGCUCUCGAUCUGGAGCAGGACCUGAUGCGGUCGCUGAUGGAGAGCAUCCCCGACUCGGUUUACUUCAAGGACCGUGAGAGCCGUUUCCUGAGGGUGAGCCAGUCUCAGUCGCAGUUGUUCGGGCUCAGCAAACCCCAGGAAGCCAUCGGCAAGACCGAUGCGGAUAUUUUCUCCGUCGAGCACGCCCGGCAGGCGCUGGAGGACGAGCGUCGCAUCAUGGAGACCGGCGAGCCAAUCGUCGCCCAGGUCGAGAAGGAGACCUGGCCCGACCGCGACGACACGUGGGUCUCCACAACCAAGAUGCCGCUCCGGAACAACCAGGGCGAAGUGGUGGGCACGUUCGGGAUCUCGCGCGACGUCACGGAACUCAAGCGGAUGCAACUGGAGCUGGUCUCCGCGCGGGAGAUGGCCGAGGCCGCCAACCGUGCGAAAAGCGAUUUCCUGGCGAACAUGAGCCACGAGAUCCGCACGCCGAUGAACGGCAUCAUCGGCAUGACCGAGCUGCUCCUCAACACCGAGCUCACCGACGAGCAGCGUGAGUACCAGCUGCUGGUGCAGCGGUCGGCGGACUCGCUGCUGGCGUUGUUGAACGACAUCCUCGACUUUUCCAAGAUCGAGGCCGGCAAGCUGGAGCUCGAGCACCUGCCGCUGGAGCUGCGGGACACGCUCGGCGGCACGCUGCACACCCUCGCCGGGCGGGCCGCCCAGAAGGGGGUCGAGCUGGCGGUCCACAUCGUCCCCAGCGUGCCGGACCACCUCGUUGGCGACGCCUGCCGGCUGCGGCAGGUGGUGGUGAACCUGGUGGGCAACGCGAUCAAGUUCACCAGCGAGGGCGAGAUCGUCGUGCGGGUGACCCCGGUCGAGGUCACCGACGAUUCGGCGACCCUCCGCAUCGCGGUGUCGGACACCGGCAUCGGCAUCUCGCCCGAGAAGCAGGCCCACAUCUUCGAGGCCUUCACACAGGCGGACGCGUCGACAACCAGGCAGUACGGCGGCACCGGGCUGGGGCUGGCGAUCUCUGGGCAGCUGGUGCAGCUGAUGGGCGGCAGCCUGUCGGUCCGCAGCGAGCCCGGCAUCGGCAGCACGUUCGAGUUCACCGCGACCUUCGACCGCGCGGAAGAGACGCCCGAAGCCGCCGCGGCGACGCUCUCCACCCUGCACCAGCUGCCGGUGCUGGUGGUCGACGACAACCACACCAACCGGCUCAUCUGCACCGAGAUGCUCUCCAACUGGGGCAUGAAGCCGACCGCCGUGGAGAGCGGCGAGAGCGGGAUCCGCGAGUUCGACCGGGCCGCCGGCGGCGGCGCCGGCUACCGGCUGGCGCUGGUCGACGUGAUGAUGCCCCAGAUGGACGGCUUCGAGAUGGUGCGGCGGCUGCGCGAGCGCCCGGGCGCCGAGUCGAUGGCCGUGAUCAUGCUCUCGUCCGCCAACCGGCCCGAGGACCGGGCGCUGGCGGACGAGCUGGGCGUCGCGCGGUGCAUGACCAAGCCGGUGACGCAGUCGAACCUGCUCAACGGCAUCACCAGCGUGCUCGGCACGGCGCGGGUCGACGACUCGCCGGCCAGCAGCCUCACCGCCGACCGCGACGGGGAGUUCGCGCCGCGGAAGAUCCUGCUGGCGGAGGACGGGGUCGUGAACCGCAAGGUCGCGGUGAGCCUGCUCCGCAAACGGGGCCACGACGUCACGGCCGUGGAGGACGGGCGGAUGGCGGUCGACGCGGUCCGCGUCCAGCGGUUCGACCUGGUGCUCAUGGACAUCCAGAUGCCGGUGCUCGACGGAUUCGCGGCCACGGCCGAGAUCCGCCGGCUGGAAGCGGACACGGGGCGGCGGCUGCCCAUCAUCGCCAUGACCGCCCACGCCAUGAAGGGCGACCGCGAGCGGUGCCUGGACGCGGGCAUGGACGAUUACGUCUCGAAGCCGUUCCGCCCGGCGGAGCUGUUCGCCGCGGUGGAGAAGGUCCCGCCCAGUCAGGACCAGCCCGACGGCGAUGCGCCCACCGCCGCGGUGGGCGGCGCCCCCGCGGUCCCGGCGCCGGUCAGCAACGACGCCCGCCCGUUCGACUACGACCGCGCGCUGGAGAAUGUCGGCGGCUGCGAGGAGAUGCUGGCCGAGAUGAUCGACCUGUUCGCCCAGGAGUGCCCGAAGCAGAUGGCCGACGUGGAGGAGGCCUGGCGCGCCAGCGACAGCGAAGCGCUCAUGCGCGCCGCCCACACGCUGAAGGGCUCGGUGGCGUUGUUCGCCGCGGGCGAGGCCGCGGCGGCCGCCAAGCGGGUCGAGUUCCUCGGCCGGGACGGGAAGCUCGACGAGUUCGUGGACGAGUGGGCGGGGCUCAAGCGGCACGUCGACCAGCUGUUGACCACGAACGCCGACAUGAAAGUCCUCAUCGCCGAAGACAACGCGAUGUACCGCGCCGUCCUGUCGCGCAAUGUCGAGAACUGGGGCUACGAGCCGGUCGCUGUCGAGGACGGGAAGCGGGCGCUCAAGCUGCUGCAGCGUGAAGGCGCCCCGCGGCUCGCGAUCCUCGACUGGCAGAUGCCCGGCAUGGACGGCAUCGACGUCUGCCGCCACGUCAAACGCAACCCCGACCACCCGUUCACCUACGUGGUGAUGCUCACCAGCCGCGACGCACAGGAGGACAUGGUGGCCGGCCUGAACGCCGGCGCCGACGAUUACCUCACCAAGCCGAUCGACCCCAAGGUGCUGCGGAGCAAGCUCACCGCCGCCGAGCGGAUCGUCAAGCUCGUGCCGCCCAAGGAGUGGGCCGUGCCCCGCAUCGACGGGUACGAGGUUCAGAAGCUGCUCGGCAAAGGGGUGUUCGCGUCGGUGUGGAGGGCCAUCCGGCAGUCGACCGGCGAGCCGAUCGCGCUGAAGAUCAUCCGCGUCGACCUCGCCACCGACGACGUGUUCGGCCGCUUCGCGCAGGAGAUCGAGCUCAUGGAGAAGCUCGACCACCCAAACAUCGCCCGCAUCUACGACAGCCAGAUCGACAAGAACCUCGGCUACUAUGCGGUGGAGCUGCUGACCGGCGGUACGCUGGAGCAGCACGUCCAGGACAAGUCACCCAAGCCGGCCGUGCUGCUGCACCUGAUCUCCAAGGUGUGCGACGGGCUGGACCACGCGCACAGCAAGGGCGUGGUGCACCGCGACCUCAAGCCGUCCAACAUCAUGAUGACCGGGACCGGCGAGCCCAAGAUCGUCGACUUCGGCCUCGCGCGGUUCAUGUUCGAAGCGGCCGAGCACAACUCGGCCGUGCACUCGAUGGAGGGGAGCGUCAUCGGCACGCCGCUGUUCAUGUCCCCCGAGCAGGCCCGCGGCGACACCGACCACCUCGACGGCCGCGCCGACAUCUACGCGCUCGGCAUCAUCCUGUACGUGAUGCUCGUCAGGAAACACCCGCACAAGGUGAACCAGCACAACCGCUGGGAGACCAUCCGCGAGAUCGCCGAGGGCCGGGCCCGCCGCCCCAGCGAGAUCCGCCCCAACUUCAACACCGACAUCGAGCGGAUCCUGAUGAAGGCCCUCGCCGAGAAGCCCGAGGACCGGUACGAGACCGCCGGCCAGUUCGGCGACGCCAUCCGCGGCUUCCUCGAGGAGCUGAUCCGCCGCAAGCGGCAGAAGAGCAGCAGCUGA